CGUCCUUUUGACACUAUCCCCGCCCCGUUACGGAAGCGGCGGGAUACUCCCGAUCCCACCGCGGGUGGGCCCAGGCCAUGGGGCAGCCCUGGGCGGUGGGGAGCGCCGAGGGGGCACCCGCGCGGCUGCCCCUUGUGCUCACUGCGCUGUGGGCCGCGGCUGUGGGCUUGGAGCUGGCCUACGUGCUGGUGCUUGGUCCCGGGCCUCCCCCGCUGGGACCCUUGGCCCGGACCUUGCAGCUUGCGCUGGCAGCCUUCCAGCUGCUCAACCUACUGGGCAACGUGGGGCUCUUCCUGCGCUCGGAUCCCAGCAUCCGGGGUGUGAUGCUGGCCGGCCGUGGUCUGGGCCAGGGCUGGGCUUACUGCUACCAGUGCCAAAGCCAGGUGCCGCCACGCAGUGGGCAUUGCUCCGCCUGUCGCAUCUGCAUCCUCCGCCGGGACCACCACUGCCGCCUGCUGGGCCGCUGCGUGGGCUUCCACAACUACCGGCCCUUCCUGUGUCUGCUGCUUCACGCCGCAGGUGUCCUGCUGCACGUCUCUGUGCUGCUGGGCCCGGCCCUGUCAGCUCUGCUGCGAGCCCACACGCCCCUCCACACGGCCGCCCUCCUCCUGCUGCCCUGGCUCAUGCUGCUCACAGGCAGAGUGUCGCUGGCGCAGUUCGCCCUGGCCUUCGUGACCGACACGUGUGUGGCGGGUGCGCUGCUGUGCGGGGCCGGACUGCUCUUCCAUGGGAUGCUGCUGCUGAGGGGCCAGACCACGUGGGAGUGGGCUCGGGGCCAGCACUCUUACGACCUGGGGCCCUGCCAUAACCUGCAGGCGGCGCUGGGGCCGCGCUGGGUCCUUGUCUGGCUCUGGCCCUUCCUGGCCUCCCCGCUGCCUGGAGACGGGAUCACCUUCCAGACCGCAGCUGACGUGGGGCUCACGGCUUCUUGACGUCUGGAAGAGCCCGAGCGGCGCAAGGAGCGGGGACACGAGAGGCGACGCAUAACUCAGUUCCGGCCCACCCCCCAGCCUCCGGGCGGGGGCAGGUUGGUACUUUCGGCAACUCCAGCCCCACCCUUGGCCUUUCCCUUGCCCAGCUUGGAUUCCCAGUGCCCAGGGCUCGGGCCCUGUGAGUCAGCCUUUGUCGACGGCCCCUGAGUACAGUGGAGGGUCUGGCAAGGGGCUGCUCGGCCUGUCCAGCUGCCCCUUCGCCCGGUUAAUAAAGUGCCCACGUGGUUCUUGACUCCCUCCAUCUUCGUAGGUUUCUGGCCCUUCACUGUUGCCCAGGCUGCUUUUGGUUCCUCUAACCGCAGGCCUGGGGAGCACGGAACGCCUGAGGGCGAGAGGAGCCAGGGCUCUUGGGGUUGGGGGGGGUGGUGCCAAGGCAGAAGGGAGCGAGCCAGGGUAUGCGAGUCCAGAAUUCUCUCCCAAGUUCAGUGCCCUAGAGUUAGGAGCAGUUCAGCGCCCACGAUCUCACUGAACUUCUCUGGGACACAGGACAGCAGUGACAUGGGUGAUAAAACUUAAAGCUCUGAGACUUAUGGGAUAAGAUCCUGGGGUAGUAAAUGGACAAGGCCGGAUUUGAACCCAGGUCUUUGUGCUUUGUUACCCUUGCACAGCCCAGGGGAGUGAGUAGGAAAAAAAUCAAGGCAGAGAAGUCAGGUGGGGGAUGGAGCUGAGAGGCCCCGGCUCCUCUCUGGACCCCUUAGGAGCUUCCGUUCAAACACUUUCAUUUAAAUAUAGUAAAGUAGACACUUCCAGUAAAUGAGGUAGGUUUAAACAUGUGUUAAACAUGUUUGCCUCUUCCCUCUUAAAAUCUGAAAAAAUAGUAAGGAAAUAAAAAAGAUGUGAAUUUACAAGGAAAAAGAAAAGAGGGAGAGAGCAGCAGACCAAAGAGGCUGAUAACAUGUUGAGACGUGGGAGGGACCCAGGCCCAGUUCCUGGCUUGGAGAAGGAGCAGCUGAAAUUAAAGCAUUCCCAGAGGGUGGGGCCAAGGGGCAGCCACAGCGCCCCCCAUCCCAGAGCCCUGGAGAGGCUCGGGGGUUCCACCAGCACCUUGGAAGGCAAGGUCUGGGGCUGACAGUAGGGACUGAUCCCAAGUCUCUCUGAGGAGUAGCUAGGAGUAGCCCACCUGACCCCUUGCAGCCGAGCAGCUACCCCACUAGGCUGGAGGUGGGGACUUCCAUUGCGGAGGGUGGGGGUGAGAGGCUGGACCAAAAAUGGGGUGAAGUGAAAAAUCAACAGAUACUGCUGGAGGCGGAGGAGGUCCUCCAGUGACACAGCAGGCUUGCCUCCAAGAACCCUCAGAGCAGCCCGCCCUUCUGCCAGGCCCGUGCCACCAAAGUUUGAGCUGCUAGGACUUUGUUUUCCCGCAGCGCAUGCUCUAUUACUAUUUUUUAACUCUGUUGGGAACUUGGUGUGCCUGUUACUGUGCUGUACAUAAGCUUUGGCAGACUUCCUGCUUCCUCCUCUGCUUUACCCCUCAUCCUCCAAAAUAUGGUUUUUUUUAAAUUUUUUUUAAUGAUUAUCAAAUAGAAGAUGCAAGAAAAUGUUUAUAAAAUAAAGAGAAACAGCACCCUCUUCAGCCCCAUUUAGGAAGCGGGUACCAUUUCCUUUGAAGCCCCUGCCGUGCCUCCCUGGUAGAGGAAACACUGAACUGGCUUUACUUUGUGAUUUUAUUACAUAUGUUUGUAUGGGUUUUGCAUGUUCUGCAUUUUAUAUAAGUGGAGCCAUACCCUGUUUAUUCUCCUGUGAUUUGCUUUUUCAGUCAAUAUGAAGUUUCUGAGAUUUCUCCAAAUCAAUGUGUGUGGCUGUAGGGCAUUCCUUUUUCUUGCUGUGUAGUGACCCACCAAAGAUGCCACUAUGGGUUUUUCUAUUUUGUCCCACUGAUCAUUUUAUCUACCCGUGUAUGAUCCCCCAAGUUCUGUUCUUGGCCCUUGCUCUUCUGUAUAAAGUUUAGAAUUAGCUUUAAAGUUCUACCAAUAAAACCCCUUCGAAAUUGUGAAUGGAGCCCAACCUAAUCUAUAGAUCAGUCUGGGGAAAAUCAGCAUCUACACGAAAUUGAAUUUUCCAGUUCAUGAGCAUGGUGAAUCUCUUCAUGUAAUGUUCUCAAUAAAGUUGUACACUUUUUCUCAUAAA